UUGCCCUCUUCGUAUGCCCACAAGUUCAGCUAGCAGGAAAAUAUGGGAAACACUUUGCAGACACUCCCCCACAGUACAAACCAAACCCAGCAAUUCCAAGAUCAACAAGAAGAUCAAAAUCAAGAAAUCCCAGAAGAUGAUAAUCAAGUCUUCACAUGCGAAAUCUGCAUCGAGCCGAUGAUAUUACCCGAUAGAAAAUUCAAGAACAAGAAUAAAUGCAGCCACCCUUUUUGUACCGAUUGCAUUAUCAAGUACAUCCAAGUGAAGCUCGGGGAUGAUAACGUGGGAAACAUCAAAUGCCCGGCUUUGAAUUGCAAUCACUUCUUAGACCCAAUUUCGUGUCGUUCGGUAAUUGGUUUAUCGCUUUUUGUUAGGUGGUGCGAUGUGCUUUGCGAAUCUGUGAUUCUGGGACUGGAUAGGAGUUAUUGUCCCUACCCGAAUUGUAAUGCUCUGAUCGUGAACGAGUGUGGUGGGAAUUUGAAGAAAUCCAAAUGUCCCAAUUGUAAGAAUUGGUUUUGCUUUCAGUGUAAAAGGGUUUGGCAUGCUGGGUUUGGGUGUGAAGAAAGUGGGGAAUUGAGGGACAGGAACGAUGUUGCAUUUGGGAGACUUGUGGAGCAGAAGAAGUGGGUAAGGUGCCCCCGGUGCCGACAUUUUGUCGAACUCACUGAGGGCUGCCGAAUUAUCAAAUGCAGGUGCAGCAUUAAUUUCUGCUACAAGUGUGGGAAACAAGUUCAACAACACUGGUGUCGCUGUGACGCGACUUCUAUGUGCUGCGUGUGGUGCUUCCGAAUAUUCAUAGUCCUUAUUUUUUUGAUAUUCGGGCUCUUGUUCUUGAUCUGGGAUGCUAACAAAACGAACAGACCGUAAUUUGCAGUAUAUUAUACGCAUACGAUACUGUGGAAAUAUGGAAAGAUUCAGGUUCUUUUGUAUAGAGUGGUGACAGAAUGUAUAUAACAUGGUGAAGAAAUUCGUAUCUUAAGCACGACUGCUCUUUCUUUUUCUUUUAGUAAUUAUUGUUGCUGAAUGUUUUCCAGUUCUGCCCUUUUAUUUAGCAGCAUUCUAAACGAGGUUUCCAUUUGCCUGACUUGCGUAUAUUAUGCUGCUGAUUUGCAGAAGAGAAAAAACAAAGUGUGUGUGUGUAGCUGACUGUUGGCUUUAAUGAACAACGUUAUUAAUGUUUAUUUCUGGUA